UAUAAGUAUCUUUCGUUUUCGACGUUGGAGGUAUGCAGGCAUGACUUUUGGUUGCCAGGUAUCUUUCCUAUAGUUAAAUUCUUUUUCUAAUUGGCGAUGGGCGCUUCACAAAGUUCAGGAAGAGAAUGCGCGUUGAAUAUUUCCGUGUCGAGGAAUGUUGCGCGUCGUAUUAUGGGAGAAGAAGAACAGCCACAAAAAAGGAGACGACCUCCCAGCAAGCCUCAACAAAUUUCACUAGAAAACAGUGGGAAGAGAACUAAAACCGAAGAACUGUCCAGGAUAAAUUUAGAAUUAAGAAGAAUUAUGGAUAGAAAUGCGAGUAGACAAUCGGUUAUUACUCCUCUGAAAGCCAAAGUCCAGCCUGAUUUUUGUGUAGAACUGAAAGAUGAUCUAAUGAGUUGUUUGCAGGAAAACAAGGAUCAACCUCUCAACUGUUCCACGAAAUUUGAAGAUUUUACACGCUGUGCAUACGCCAAAAGAGAAGAGAUUAAAUCUAUUUAGUGAUGGUUGAAAACUAGAAUUUUAUAGACAAAGUUUUUCAUUGAAAAGAAAGAAUAUAUGUAGACACAUAAAUAAAGUUUUAGUUAAAACUUUUAUAAUAGGAAGAAUGUACAGAAAUUGUGAAGAAUGAUAAGAAAUUAAAAAUAUACAGAGUUAGAAAUAAUAUAAUAGUUUUAUUUUUUUAAUAAUAAGUUCAGUGUAUUAAUGAAUAACAAGUGUUUGGUUAAAUUAUAAAAAAUUAUGUGAUACUGUAUAAUUACUGAAAAGGAAUAAUUGGAAAGAAUAUUAAAUACUUAAUUUAACUACAUGAUUCAUUUAUAUAAUUAAAUAUUAUAGGUUUGUGUUGGAAACCAUCAUCCAUAUGAAUGAAAUUAGGUUGUCUUAUUUACAGUAUGAGAUUUAUAAAAUUUUCAAGUGAUCAAUAUAAAAUUUGCCUUAUAAGAUUAAAAACCAUUGAAACUAUAAAAGCAAUCUCCAGAAUGUUUUUUAAAUAUUUAAGUGUUAAUUUUUCUAGAGAGAGUAGAUUAGAUUAAGUUUAUUCAUUUUUUCUGAUAUUGGAGACUACAUAUACUGGAGAUUUUAUUAUUACAUUUUGUGAAAAUAAAACUUAUGAAUAAGAGUUUAAAAUUGUAGUAAUUAAAAUAUAUUGUUUAUAUACAUUAUCAUGUAACUAAAACAUUUUUUAAAUUAUUGAGAGUAAAAUGAGAUAGUUUUGUUCUGAAAAAAUUGACUAUAAUAUCUCUAAUAUAAUUUAAAAAAUACUGAUUUGUUCAUUUAAAUAUGUAAGUAAAAUUUUCUCUAUAAUCUUUUAUUACAUCUAAUGUUAGUGUGUUCUAAAAAUGUAUUUAACACCAUGUAAUUAUAAAAUAUAACAUUUAUAUUUUGAUUCAAAACUAAUACAUUUAGCAUCUAAACUAUGCAUGAAGCUAAAUUACUUUAAUCCUAGAAAUUAGAAAAGGCUUUCAGAACACAAAUUGACAGUAAUGAGAAAUUACUAUUGCAUUUAUUUAUCAUUAUUGUUCUUCAUUAUUAUGGUCACAUCAAUAUGAAAAUAAGUUGUUAAUUUUUUUGAUUACAUAAAAAUUUUGUAUAUAUAAAUUUACAAUGGAAUAAAAAAGUUGAAAUUGA